AUGGCCACUGCUGAGGCAUCUAUCACUGGAUUUUCUUCACCGACUACAACGCCGUCAGCACCAAUGGAAGGAAUGCCAGAAGCGUUGUCACCAGCGCAACAAGAAGCCCAACACAUCCUCCAACACAUGCUCCAAAAGUUGCAACAUCCCCAAUCCAAAUAUCACGCUCGGUACGCCAAAUGGAUAGAAAGAAAUCCAAACCUAGCCUCCUUCUGCCUCACCACCGUCCGUCCCCCCGUCUGGAACGCCCUCGAGCAGGGCCUAUCAUUCGAGAACACCAAAGCCAUAGCCGGGGACUUCACCUGGCUCGGCCGGGGCGUCUAUUUCGACGUCGUAAAAGGAGACAAGGAGCGCGUCUACGUAGGCCAGUCGUCAAACCUCCGAUUACGCAUCUCUCAGCACCAGAAGUUUAGGUAUAGACGGGAUCACGCGUCGCUGCAUUAUCACGCGCUGCAUGCAAGCGACGACAACGCGUACGGCGUGCUGUGCGUCUUGCCGUCAAGUAAUAUGGGGGGGCAUAGAUUGCCGGGUAUGGAUAGAGAGGCGCUGUUGCUGAAUGUGCUGGAGAUGUGGAUGGGUCUUGUUUUCCGGUGUUUACCUGCGAAGACGCUGGAGGAGUGGAUUCCCUCUUCUUUUUCUAGAUCGUCAGGGCUGGGGGCGCUGAAUAUACAGUGUCCGCUGGAAAACUACGACGGCGCGAGGAGGGAGAUGGUGGAUUUGAGUGGGUCUGAGGAUUUGCUUGUGAGGGAGUGGGGGGAGAUGAAGAGGGCGGAGUGGAAGGAGAAGGUGAAGAAGGAGCUGGACCUUGUGGAUAGAGAGGAGGAGACGGGAGUAGUGGUGGAAGAGAAGACGAGGAAUAUAGCUGUAACGGAGAGAGCACCGCCUUGGAUGUUUGGCGUCAGUGGAGCGAUCGGUGGAGCGGCGAUGAUGUGGCUGUAUAUGAGUCGCGCUAAAGGGAGGUGA